AUGUCAGAGCAAAAAAAGGCUUUGGCGCGUCCACCAACAGAUAAAGAAUUAUUUAACUUUAAAUUUAUCAGAGUUCUAAAUGAAGACCCACGCGCAAAAACCAUUAAUGUUCUCGGUUCUCUUCAAGUAAACAUAAAUGAAAUUACUUUAUCUGAUGAUGAGUCGACAAAUUAUGCUAUCUUACUAUUAGAAAAAACUCAUUUUCACAAUGAAGAGGUUGCAAAUCUUUCACGCGAACGUGUUGAAAAAUGGCUAUUUCAUGAAUCGAAUGAUAUUUAUCAUCAAUAUUUCGGGACCACGAAAACCCAAGUGAAUCUACCAGAUUUCAAAGUGACAAUUAUUUGGCCAGCUACUGAAACGCCCUUUUUUCAUCACAAAGAAGACUUAUUAAGACCAUUUUCUUUGUUAAAUCAAAAGCAUAUUCAAAAAUAUAGUCUUCAAUCUCGACACUUAAUUAAUGAAACACCAGCAAUAUAUCACCAAGUCGUGAAACCAUUUAUCGAAUCAAUCCCUCCUAAUAGGAUAACAUGGGUUUACAAUAUUCUCUCAAAGGAGAAAGAAUCAGAGAAAAUUUUAUUGGAGGAGAAAAAUGACGAAAAAGGAUUCAUACUUUUACCAGAUAUGCAAGAAAUGGGAUGGCGUGACAUUGGAGAAUUAAAAAGUAAAAUUCUCGAGUUUGUGCCAAUUAGAUUUCCUGGAGUUGGCGCAGAUGAAUUGAGACUUUUUGUUCAUUAUCAGCCAUCAUACUAUCAUUUUCAUUUGCACGUUACUCAUAUUUGUCAAGAUAGCAUCCCCGGUGGAAUUGUGGUGGGAAAGGCUCAUUUAUUAGAUACUAUAAUUGAUAAUAUUGCAAAUAUAGCUAAUGAUUAUUAUCAAAAAGCAACUCUGACAUAUGUAAUCGGAGAAAAUGAGGCAUUAUUUGAACCCUUGACUAAAAUUGAUACAUAUUGCUAA